CUGGCUCAGCUUUUUGAAAGACCCUCUCGCGAGAUUGGAUCGCACGCCAGGCGCCUAGAGAGGUGACGGGGAGGUGUGGCGAUGGUUAACGCUUUCACCCCCAAGUCGCAGCCCGACCUCGCCAAGGCAGCAGCAGCCAACGCGAACCUAACAGGUGCUGGGGGCGGCCAGAGCAGGGCUGGGGUCUACUGCACCCCGAGAGUGUGCGCGCAUCCGCCCCGUGGACCAGACCCGGCCCCCUAGCGCAGCGUCCUCGUUGGACGCACCCUCGUGCUCCUGUGCAUGCCGCGCCCUGCCCAGGCCACGGCGUCCGUUCAGCAGCUCAUCGUCAAGACCCUAGGAGUCCGGCAGCACCUGCAGGAGACCCAGUGGGGACAGGUGUUUGCACAGGGGCUGUCCAGCCGGACCCGGCUGCGGGAACUCCAGAGCCAAAUUGCCGCCAUCACCGGCAUCGCGCCCGGGGCUCAGCGAAUUCUCGUCGGGUUUCCGCCGGAGUGCCUGGACCUCGGCGACGGGGACAUCGUCCUGGAGGACUUACCCAUCCAGUCAGGCGACAUGCUGAUCGUUGAAGAAGACCAAACCAGGCCCAACACUUCACCUGCAUUUACAAAACAUGGUGCUCCUGGUUCUGUCCGGGAAGCUUUGCCAGUCCUGACCAGAACCAUGGUCCCAGCGGACAACUCUUGCCUCUUUACCAGUGUGUACUAUGUCGUUGAAGGCGGAGUGCUGGAUCCAGCCUGUGCCCCUCAGAUGAGGCGCCUCAUAGCGCAAAUUGUAGCGAGUGAUCCAGACUUGUACAGCGAGGCCAUUCUUGGGAAAACCAAUCAGGAGUACUGUGAGUGGAUCAGAAGGGAUGACACAUGGGGAGGAGCCAUUGAGAUAUCCAUCUUAUCUAAGUUUUACCAGUGCGAGAUCUGUGUGGUGGACACACAGACAGUAAGAAUCGACCGAUUUGGGGAAGAUGCGGGGUAUACCAAAAGGGUGCUGCUCAUUUAUGACGGCGUCCACUAUGAUCCUCUCCAGCGCAACUUCCCAGAUCCGGACACCCCUCCCCUGACCAUCUUCUCCUCGAACGAUGACAUUGUUCUUGUACAAGCACUGGAAUUAGCAGAUGAAGCUAGAAGAAAGAGACAGUUUACUGAUAUCAACCGCUUCACCCUGAGAUGCAUGGUGUGUCAGAAGGGAUUAACUGGCCAGGCAGAAGCGAGGGAGCAUGCCAAGGAGACGGGCCACACCAACUUUGGAGAAGUGUGAUCUAUGCACGAGGAGGGUUGAAGCCUACUACCUCACUGAUCCAGAAGGCUCUGGGUUUUCCAAUAAGCUAUCCAUAACCCUGAAGAACAAAGGACACAAUGCUUGAACCACACCUUGAACUUGAAGCCACUAAGACACCGAAAUUCCUUGUUAAGAUUAAAAUUAGUGUGCAAGUUUACAGAUGUGUGUCUACAGUGGUGAUCCAUGCCCUCUUUCCACUGGGGUGACAAGUUAGGUAGCCUUUACACCUGCUGACAUUAACCUGAAGAUGAGUUUCACUAUUACAAACUAGCACCCAGCAGCUUUAACUGUAGGAGGAAAGAACAUCACCUUUCGAAUAAUGUUGAAGACCUCUUGUGAGGCCACUGGACCUAUACCACAAUGUUUCCAGUUAACUGAGUACUUUUAAUAACUCUAAGAGAGUUAAUAAUUUCUAAAUUAUGAAUUGAUUUAUCAGAUGAAGAUACUCAGAAUUGUCAAAACUGAUUUUAUAUUGCAAUUUGGUAGACUUUACAGAUGUGUCCUUAACCAUGUCUAAGUACAUAACAAGCAAUCUUUAAGGGAUGAAUGCAUUCCUAGAGAAUGUUACCUGGAGACGGGAACUGGAAGCGUCCUGUUUCGGAGUUCUGGUGUGCAGAAGUAGAAUGUAUGAGGGAAAAGGUGCCUGAAGCAGCUUACUAAAGCUUUAAAAGACCAUCGGCCUUGUGUGUUUCAAUGCAAUUCCUGUAUUUGUCACAUUGGGUACAGUUUUAAAAUUAAUCAGGGUAAAUUUUUUUUAAUUGAAAUUUCUUGAAAUUCAAGUGCUUGAUUUUUGUUUUUUUUAUGUAAAGAUUUGUCUGGAGGGAUUUGAUUUCCUCAGCUUUUUGUUAAGAGCACUUCCUCUGAAAAACAUCCUCAUUUUUUUUCAAGUGAUAAUGCUAUGAUUCAGUUUGUGUUUUGGAAGAUGUUACAUACCCACACAGUAUCUGGUCUUGUGUUAGCUAGCCCUGUCCUUCCACGGACACACGUUUGAAUAAUUCCAUAUUUCUGCAAAUUAGCACUUUGUUUAAUCUGUGAUCUUAUACUCUGAAACAUUUUCAAAGUAAUUGGGAUAAUACUCUUGAACGAAUUUCUUCUAAAAUA